AUGGACAAUCAUCACCGUAGGCUAGAAAUGAGCCCUCUAUUGGUGGGCUUUCUGGGGAUCUUGGCUGGUGCUACAGUAGUCGCUAUUUGCCAUUGCAUAAUCGUGUUAUGCAACGGAACGCAACCGAGAAGGCCACAUACAAGAACAACUAUUUACGCGAAUGGAAGUCAGAACAACAAUGCCAGCAGCCAAGAACACGAUUCUAGGCCAAAUAGCCCCUCGGAGCAUUUGACGGUCCGUGGACGGAUUCUUCAGUCCAAGUAUACCAAAGAGUGUAAAGAAGAUUUAUGUGCUGUAUGUUUGGUUGAAUUUAAGGAAGGCGUAAGGGUCUCUGUGCUGCCAGAAUGUACACACAUAUUUCACGUAGCCUGCAUCAACAAAUGGCUGGAAAAUCACCCUAAUUGCCCGUUGUGUCGGGCAACUGCGGUUCCUCCAUUACAUCUUCAUGCAGCUCAUCUGUUGCCGGAAUCCGGUGGGACUCCGGCGCCGGAGAUACCGGAAUUCGGUGCGAAUGUGGUGUGA